AUGGGAGGUGGAGGGGCGGGACCUCGGACCCUUGGCAGUGAGAGACAUUAUUUCGGAGAAAAUUUCUCUAGGACUCUAGUCUGGGAAGGGCCCUUGGCCAAAGGCCGGGCUUGGAUGGCGGGAGGAAGAUGGAAGGGAGGGAGAGCAGCAGCAGGGAAGAUCUUGGGCGGGAGGUGGGUGGGUACAGGGGUGCGACACGUGCGGUCUGGGGCUGGAGGCAGAAGCUGCAGGCGCAGAGGCGGCUGUGAGUGCCGCGGUGGAGUUAGAGUAGGAGGUGGAGCAGUUUUGCACGUGGGGGGCCCGUUUCCUGGCGCAGCUGGCCGGGAUCUAGGUGCUGUGCGAGGAGGUGCUAAGCCCCAUUUCCUCCCUGGACCGUCCGCUCCGCCGCCGUCGGGUGUCCCCCGCCGAGCCGCCCAGGGGCGCUCGCAGCGCCCUCCAUACCUCGCGGUCUUCAGUCUGAGCUCGCAUUCCGCCCACCUACCCGGCGCCCGCGUCCUCCUGCUUCUCGUGACCUCCGUUAGGGGCGCUGGGGAUCAAAUUGAGGCUGGUUUUCCAGCCGGCCGCCGGCCAGACCGCAGAAACCUUCGCCGUUCACACCCGGCGGCCUCGCACCCUCCACGGCCAGGGCGGGACGCGCGCGAGCGGCGGGAAGGGGGCCCCCGCUCGGCUCGAUUCCCCCAGUCUCCGCGCGGCCCAUGGGUGGGCGGGUGUCUAACUUUUCACUACUCACCGAGUUCUGAUCCCGCAGGUGUGUGUUCUGAGCCAAGCAGUGUCUGCUUGAGGGGCGAUGGCGGGCUGUGCGCACCGAGGGGACCUCCCCUCCGUCUGUCCCCGGCUGGAUCGCAAGCUCCUGCUGGUUCCCCAACCCAGGGUUGGGGAUUUUCACGCCUCGCGGCGCCCAGAAUCUCGAGGGGAAGCAGGAUACCCCCACCACCACCCCAAAGGGCACCGUCUCCACCUUCCUUGCUUCACUUUUCACGGUGGACGAGAUCCCAGGGCCCGGUGGAGAUCGGCAACCCAAUGCUUGCUGCUCACAGGGGCUCGCGGACUUUCUUGAGGGAGAAGGUAAACCUAAUUUGGCGGAUGACUCCCCCUUCUUGGAGGUGGUGAAUCCUCGCUCCGGUUGUGUGGCACCGCAGCAAGGGCUUCUAGUGACGACCCUCAGCAGCGGCGGGUCGCCUGGAAACUCGCUGAGGAAAAUUCAAACGAGCUUUACUUUACUUAGAGCGAUUUCUCCAUACAGUGUCUAAUAUAUGCCUGCCACGAGGGAGAGAGAGUCUAUGGAUUGAAGAAAAGUUUAUCACCAACUCAUCUCUGCAAACUAAGGUUCUGUCACCUUGAACACAUGAGGGCAGCUGCACUGCUUGUAGAGGAUGUUAAGUUACCCAACUAAGUGGUUUCAGGGCUUGAAGGGACCUCUGAGGAAUUCAAGUGCAAAGAUUUCACAGUAUCUUGCCUCAGUUUCCAAUAAUGACAACUGUGUGUUGAGUGCUAGCAGCCAGAAACUGUCAUUGCUUUGAAGAGAAGUAAAAAAAUACAGAUUGUGGCAAAGAGAAUCAUGGAAACUUGAAGUUGGAAGGUUUUUUAGCAAUGAUCUUAUUCCUUUUCAAACUAAUACUCCACAGAGGCACAGUAGUGCUCCUUGAAUCAAUGGACCUCCAUUUUAAUUGUUAUAAUUGAGCCUCUACUUACAGUGGACUUCAAUUGCUUAAAAAAAAUGCUUGACCCACCACUGAUUCAGUCCAUCUCCAAUUUAAAGAGGAAACUGAGGCUGAAAGAAGCCCUGGGAUUUGCCUGCGGUCACCUACUCAGUUGGCAGAACUUGGCAGCACAUCACCAGUGGAGCAGGAAGGAAGGACUGUUGUUAUAGUGUCUGUUCCCAUUCUCAUCAAUGGUUGAACCAAAUUUUCUCAUUGCUCCAUGGCAAGGAGAGUCAACCUUUACAGUUACCCUUCUGGAAUGUUCUGACUGGCUCCUUUCCACACUGAUCCUCAUCCUCUGUUUGGCAUACCAUUCCUACGUGAUAAUUAUGACAAAACAUUUCACUGACAACUGCUGGAAACUAAUUUCUUAACUCCAAGUCUGUAUUUUUACUCCCAUUUUGACCAUGAUUGAUAAAAAUCUCGUUUAAUAGCAUUUCACUAUAUUUGAAGAGUACAGAGCUAAUAUUUGUAUGAACAUCAUUUUAUGUUCCUAAGGUCAAGUCUAUGUACAAAAAUUAAAAAGUACCUGAUUUUAUGAAAAAUAUACUUUUAUUAAAAUGACUGAACUCUACUGUCUGAUAUGUAAGCUGAGUUGAAGAGGUAGCUACUUUCUUUCUGAGGUCCUGAUAGAGCUGAUCCCACAUCAGUCUAACAACAUUUAUAUAUUAAGUCUACCACAGACUGCACAGCACAUUCAUUUUGCAGCAAGUUCUUGGUGGUGAAAUGUAGCAUCUAUUAAGUCUGGAUACAAUUCUGCUGCAAGUAGGAAAAAAGAAAAAAACCCAACUAAGUCUAUAUAACCUAAAACUGAAUUUUUUAACUGUGGUUACCAAUCAUUAAUGAUCAUGAAAUCAAUUUAGUGGGU